UAAAAUUAUUCUCUUGCCUCAAGUAUCCAAAUUUUUCUCUACAAUCAAAUAAAAAUGGAAUUACUCACACUUUGUUAAUUUUACUCUAAAUAAAUUAAAAUAGAAAAACGUGAAAAAAUUUUUCCUGCUCAUUAUACAUUCCAAGAAAAAUAUAACGAGUCAUUAUUUUUAUUGUAAAUAAAUGUUGUAAAAUUAUUACAAUAUAUUAUAAUCAAUUCAAAAAUUAUAGAUAAUCUAUUCAAGUGAAAUCCGUAAUGAGAGGGGACAAAAAAUUAAUAAGAUGCGUUUAGUUCAAGAUAAAUCGCAAAGUAGAAAAAGACACGUGUACAAAUUUUUUAAAGGAAAACAAAUAAAAAUCAAUUAAUAUUUGAAAUGAAUAAAGAACAAGAAUACAAAUUGCGAAAAGAGAAAAAGAAAAACGAAAAUUUCGAAACAAAAUCUAAACCAAGUGUAAUUAUACUGGGAGCAGGUGCAUCCGGAAUUGCCGCUGCAUCAAGACUUUUCGAAAACGGUUUUGAAAAUGUAAAAAUUCUCGAAGCUGAAAACAGAAUCGGAGGACGAGUAUUUACCACUAAAUUCGGCGAAUAUUUAGUCGACAUUGGAGGACAAUGGGUGAAUGGAGAAGUGGGAAAUCUCGUCUUCGAACUAGCUUGGCCUCUUGGAUUAUUGCAAAAAGAAAAAACAGAAUCCACUGAAGAAAUAUUAAAUUCAUCGGGAGAUGCAGUAGAAAAAUCAGAAAUAAAUUCUCUCACUCAAUUUCAUAAAAAUCUUGAGAAUAAUUUAGAAAAAUUUGCUACUAACAAUGAGAACGAAUCUCUUGGUGUACUUUAUAAAAAUGAACUUGAUAAAUACAUAGAAGCGCAGCCAAAGUGGAAGGAGAAUAAAAAAGGAUUGAUAAAUUCAUACAAAAUGUUGACAACAUUAAUGUAUUCCUCCGAGAGUUGGGAUGAUGUUUCAACAGUGGAUUUUAGAGAAUUUGACAAUAUUCCUGGAGAUUAUUUCAUUAAUUGGAAAGAGCGUGGAUAUAGUGCUAUUCUCGAUGUAAUUAUGAAACGAUAUCCAAAACCAGAGGAAGAAUUGCCAGUUAUAAGGAACACUAAGUUAAAUUCAGAAGUUUCUCUAAUUGAUUACUCUAAUAGAAAUGGAAAAGUAAUUGUAAAAACAACAAAUGGAGAUGAAUAUUCAGCAGAUUAUGUGAUUGUCACAUUUUCCAUUGGAGUUUUAAAAGAAGUACAUAAAUCCCUCUUUAAACCCCCUUUGCCGGAAGAAAAGCAAAAAGCCAUUGAGUCAAUGAAUUACGGAAAUGUGGCUAAAAUUCUCCUUAUUUUUGAUGAACCAUGGUGGUCACUAAACAGUCAAUAUUUCUUGCUUUGGAAGGAGAAAGAUUUAGAAAUACUCGAUAAAGAUAAUGAAAGGAGUUGGUUGCAGGGAUUAUUUGCAUUUUUUCCAGUUGAAAAUAAACCAAAACUACUUUCCGGCUGGGUAAGUGGAAAACAUUCGCGAGAUGUUGAAAAGCUAACGGAUGAACAAGUCAAAAAUCACUGCAAUGAAGUUCUAGAAAAAUUUUUUGGCAAAAUUUACAACGUCACUAAACCAACUGGAAUGAUGCGAUCCAUGUGGCACAGCAAUAAACACUUUCGAGGAACCAAUAGCUACCGAAGUCCAAAUAUUGAUCAUAAAAUUCCCAUUCGUAUAAAAUUGUCUGAACCGAUUGGAGGAAAAAAACCGGUUAUUUUAUUUGCUGGUGAAGCAACGAAUCCUCAACGCUUUAGUGCAGUGCACGGGGCAAUUGAAACUGGUUAUAGAGAAGCUGAUAGAAUUAUUAAACUGCACCGAAAGAUUGAGAUGAAUUAAAACCUUUUUAAAUAUCUCAAAGUACAACUUUAUUCAAAAAAAUAAUUAAGAAAUUUGUAAUAAUU